AUCUAGCUGGAGUUGCUGCACUGCUCAACAGUUCCCAUCCGGACUGGUCGCCAGCUGCAAUUAAAUCAGCAAUCAUGACGACGGCGCACACCGUAGAUCGUGAGGGGAAGCCUAUCGCUGAUGAAGCAUCUGCCAAUAUGCAGGAUCCCGCUAGCGUCUUCGCCAUGGGCGCAGGACAUGUCGAUCCUUCCAAAGCCAACGAUCCGGGACUGAUCUACGACAUCAAGCCGGAGGAGUACAUUGGCUACCUUUGUGGCGGCUUGAGGUACUCCGAUUCCCUGGUUUCUCAGGUCGUCGGACGUCGAAUCCAGUGUUCUGCUGUCAAAAAUAUCGCAGCGGACCAGCUAAAUUUGCCAUCCAUCUCGGUGAACCUUGGAAAAUCGUCCCUUCAUGACAAGCCAGCUGGAGUAGUGACUUCUUCGAAGAUCAGGACCGUAAGUCGGACUGUGACUAACGUAGGGGAGGCCAACUCAGUUUUUUUGGUGAAGGUUGAUGAACCAGAAGGUGUGAGUGUGAAAAUAACUCCUCAGGUGCUUCGGUUCUCUGGUCUCAAUGAAGAGAAGAGCUAUACCGUCGAGUUGAGCACCGACGGAAAGCCUCCAGGCAAGUACUCGGAAGGGCAACUCCGUUGGAUUUCUAGCAAGCACGUCGCCAGGAGUCCUAUCUCUGUCACGUUUUAAUUCCCGAUGGCUAGGCUUCGAUCGACAAACAUGCGCCUGCCUGUUGCUUCUUUCUUCAUCUCUCCCUCCCCUUCCGCUUCUUGGUUCAAACUAAAAUAAUAAAUAUAUAUAUGUAAAAUGAUCGUCGUUGUGAGAAUAAAUAUAUGUUUCCUUUUA